AAAACACUGAUCAGUCAAUAAUCAACUGUCAGUGACGGACUCUGACGAGUCGGUUGACCUCAGGUUGGGAGGGGCGGGGUCACGGAGGAGCUCCAGUCGGCUGAUGGGCGAAGAUCUGCGGCAGCAACUUACUCCACCAGACAAACGGGUGAAGAUGUCUUCAGUACAGGUAGAGUGUGUGGUGAAAGCGAGCGCUCUGAUUGGUGAGGGGCCAGUGUGGGAGGAGUCAGAGCAAACUCUGCUGUUUGUUGACAUCGCUGGGCAGAAGAUCCACCGCUGGAGUCCAACGACCAAUCAGAUCCAGUCUGUGGAGACAGGUGACACGGUUAGCUUUGCGGUCCCUCGCAGGUGCGGCGGUUACGCUGCAGGUGUCGGUCGCAGCAUCGUGGCUGUUGAUUGGUCGACACAGAUGAUGACAUCAAUGUUGGAGGUUGACCAGGACAAACCAAACAACCGACUGAACGACGGGAAGGUGGAUCCGAUUGGACGACUGCUGGCAGGUACGAUGGGGAAGGAGACGGGACCUGCGGAGGAUGAAAGACAGCAGGGGUCACUGUUCUCUGUGACCUCUGACCUCACUGUGACCAGACACCUGAGCCAGGUGGACAUAUCUAAUGGAAUGGACUGGUCUCCUGAUCAGAAGACGUUCUUCUACAUCGAUUCUUUGUCUUUGACCGUUGACGCCUUCGACUACGACUCAAACACCGGUCACCUUGGUAACCGCCGUGUGGUGUACCGUAUGGAGGAGGGGGAGGGGCUUCCUGACGGGAUGACUGUUGAUGUUGAAGGUCGUCUCUGGGUCGCCUGUUACAAUGGAGGACGAGUCAUCAACAUCGACCCUGAUACUGGUAUGCGGCUGCAGACAGUCUCUCUCCCAGUGAUGAAGACCACUUCCUGUUGUUUUGGAGGUCCAGACUACUCUGACCUCUAUGUGACCUCAGCCUCUCUAGGCCUCGACCAAUCAGAGAGAAGAAAGCAGCCGCUGGCAGGACACACUUUCAGGGUGAGAGGACUCAGGGUCAAAGGUCGAACUUCCAACUCCUUCUCAGGAUGAUGUCAAUCAAAUCAGGGCAAAAACAACAGGAAGUGACCAAUGAUAUUAACAAGGUGUAAUUCAGGAAUGUUUGAAAUAAAUAAAUGAUGGAUGUGAUGUCCAAUGAGAAAGAA